UCAAAGUGACAGUAGCGAUGGCUGGGAACGGGAGACAGCUGCGCUUGGUGAGACCCCGUCUCCACACUCGGUUUGCCAUGAAAAACUAGGUUUUCUACGAGAGUUUGACCUCGGGUCUAUGUGUGAAGAACUUUUGUGAAUGAAUAAGUUGGCCGGCCACUUUCAAAAGAGUUUGGUAAGCUGGCAGUGCUGCCAGGAUUUGGGAACGGGGGGAGCGGGGAGGGCUCCUGCUACCUUUGGGAGGUCUGUAUGCUUUCAACGCACUCAAACUGUGGCACCAGUGGCCGCUGGAUAUUGCUUUCUUUAGAUAAGUUUGCCUACUUCAGUCAAGGGUCAUAGACUUGAUUUAGAACCUUAGUCGAUGGAUUUGCCGCCCUCAAAACAACAUCAUUUUAACUGUACUUUCUCUCUAGGCUAGAAAUCGUGAAGCAUGGGUGACUGGAGCUUUCUUGGACGGCUCUUGGAGAAUGCACAGGAACACUCAACCGUGAUCGGCAAAGUCUGGCUGACAGUACUCUUCAUUUUUAGGAUUCUGGUGUUGGGAGCGGCGGCCGAGGAGGUCUGGGGCGACGAGCAGUCGGACUUCACCUGCAACACGCAGCAACCCGGUUGCGAGAACGUCUGCUACGACGAGGCCUUCCCCAUCUCCCACAUCCGCUUCUGGGUGCUCCAAAUCAUUUUCGUGUCCACGCCGACGCUCAUCUACCUGGGCCAUGUCCUGCACAUCGUUCGAAUGGAAGAGAAGCGGAAAGAGCGCGAGGAGGAGCUACGAAAGGCCAGUCGGCUCCAGGAUGAGAAAGAACUCCUGUAUAGAAACGGAGGGGGAGGGGAGUCUGGUGGACGGGGUGGGGGCGGCGGUGGCAAAAAGGAGAAGCCGCCAAUCAGAGACGAGCAUGGCAAAAUCCGCAUUAGAGGUGCCUUGUUGCGCACCUACGUGUUCAACAUCAUUUUCAAGACCCUGUUUGAAGUGGGGUUCAUUUUAGGUCAGUAUUUCCUCUAUGGUUUCCAGUUGCGGCCCCUGUAUAAGUGUGCGCGGUGGCCCUGCCCCAACACGGUGGACUGCUUCAUUUCCCGGCCCACGGAAAAGACCAUCUUCAUCAUAUUUAUGCUUGUGGUGGCUUGCGUGUCCCUUUUGCUGAAUUUGUUAGAAAUCUAUCACCUCGGAUGGAAGAAGGUCAAACAGGGCAUGACCAACGAGUUUGCCCCCGACCGCGAGUCGCUGCCUGACGCAGACGAAGCGGAGGCCGAGUCUUCUAGAACUGCGCCUGCCACCCUCAGCUACCCGCCAGACUACACGGAGGUGGCAGUGGGUGGCGGAGCGUUCCUCCAGCCUGUGUCGGCACCCUCGACGGCCGAGUUCAAGAUGGACCCUCUGCGCGAGGAGCUGGAGGAGUCCUCGCCGUUCUACAUCAGCAACAACAACCACAGGCUGGCUGCCGAGCAGAACUGGGCCAACCUGGCCACCGAGCAGCAGACUCGGGAGAUGAACGCCACCUCCCCCUCCCCCUCCUCCUCCUCGUCUCGCUCCUCCGAUAACGGGCGGCAAGCCAAAGAUGCCGCUCAGCAUGCCGGCGCCCCCACCUCUCCUGGCGGUGGUUCGAGCGCCGGGCCGGAGGAGGGGCACGUCACCACCACGGUGGAGAUGCACGAGCCGCCCGUCAUUUUCACUGAUGCUCGACGACUGAGCAGGGCUAGUAAAGCCAGCAGCGCGAGAGCAAGGCCCAAUGAUUUGGCGGUGUAGUGGCUCUCCACUGCAAAGCGCAGGUUUUUGUGGACAAACACAAAAAAAUACACCAAAAAACACGAGGAAGAAAGAGGCAGAUUGCUGGAACGAAAACGUUAAUUCCAUUCAUAAAUAAUUCCAUUUUGCAAUGUAAAAUUACAAAGAGUUUAGUCAUCUCUUAUGGCUUAUGAAAGAUGGCUUCUGAAUGCUGGUUAGUGUUUUACGGAUGAGGAUGGUGGUGGUGGUGGAUGAGGAGAUACCCCCUCACAAUGUAAAGCGCUUUGAGUGCCUAGAAAAGUGCUAUAUAAAUGUAAUGAAUUAUUAUUAUUAUUAUUAUGCAGUAGCUGAAUGGAGCAGCAGAUCUGAUGCAGGUUAUGUUACACCAGAAUCUCAAGGAUUCAUUAAACAAAUGUCACUUAAAUUAGUCUUAUGACAAGGCCUUAAUGUAAAAACUUCCAUUCAGUCUGUUGAAUUUAUUAAGUAUAUAUUAAGUCACCAAAUCUAAAAUGUUUGCAGUACAAUAAUACAGGUUACAAUUAAGCAAAAAUACAGUUAAAGUACAACGUAAAUACACUCUGAGUAUUGAGCAGACAAUGACAUAGUCUCAUGUAUUAUUAUUUUUUGAAGUAUUUUUGAAGACUUGAAUAGGAUAUGAGACAAAUGGGGAAAAAAGAGAGUAGUUGAAGUAGUUGAAUCGAAGAAGUUCUCAAAUUUAUUAACACCCAAUUUAAAAAUGUUCUCUUUGUUGUUCCAGCAUCUGUCUCUACAUUUCCUCACUGUAAAGAGAAAUCAAAAGGUUGAGGAAGAAAAAAGUAAAAAGCACAUUGCCUGAUAAAAGUGGCAAACUUUAAUGCAUCACAGAGAAAAGGUCAUCCAUACACUGAAAAAUGAGCAUAUAACUGAGGCAAGUGAAAUAUUUAGAUAACUGUUGUACUACUGAAUGGUGCAGAGUUUUAAUUCAUAUAGCUUGUGUAUUCUCUGGACCAAGUUUCUAUUUUUCUUUUUUUCAAUCCCAUGAUCUGAAGUUCACAUCCUGCUCCUCUGUUGGAUUUGAGAGUUUUGAUAUAUGACCAUGUCCAAUCUUGCCAUCAGGAAUACAUGAUCACUUUUGAAGUAGUUAAUCAGAUGAGGGGAGUACUAACUCUCAUUACAUGUGACAUUUGAAAUCCGUAUUGGUUUUUAUUUCAAAAAGUUUGAGCAUUUUCUAAAAAGUAAGCAAUUGGUUGAGAAUGAGUACAAAAACAGUUAUCAAAAACAUUGCUUUUCUGUAGUCAGUUCGUGGUUGCCAAAAAGUAGUUACUUCAAAAUGGACAUAAAAAGAUGCUGCAAGUGUCUUGUGCUGAUAUGGAGUUUAUCCCCCAUUUUUUUCUCUCUUUUUUUGGUCCAGUUUCAGGUUACUGUGAGGCCCUCAUUUUCACUGACUACUACUGCUGUUGUGUAGAACAUGCCUUCUGUAAACAUAACAACUCGCAUCAACUUGACAGCACAACGUGAUUUUUUUUUUUUGGAAACCUUUACUAAACUGUUGUUGAGACCCAUUCAAACACAAUGUACAUUGCUUUUAUUAUCAGGUCUAUAUUUCUGCAAUCCAUUUAAAGAGACAGACAGCCCUGAAAUAGAAAUGGUACAUUGCUUCAUCACGCAGAGUUUGUGCUUAGGACAGUAUUACUUUUGCUUUUAUCAGAUCACAAUAUUUACAGAUAUAUGUUAUUUAUUUUCUGCCGUUUUAAUGUAUCCAAAAACGAAAGUGUGUUAUUUUGUCAUUUUUUGGUUCUUAAAGUUUACAUUUUAGUAAAUAGUUGAAGAUUUGCACAUUUAGGCAAAAGACACUGUUCAAUAAUUCUUACAUUGAUAGAAAGGAGGAAAUAUUUUUGAUCCUUAAAGGAAAAUGUCUUAAUGGUAAAAGUCGUUGUGUUGAUGGCAGUAUUAUUCCACUUAAAUAACAUCAAAUGUAAUUUAUAAAACAGCACUUGUAGAGUAUAAGAAAUAUACACGUUUCCCAUGUUUUAUUUUAGGACUGUUGUGGUGGCCUGAAAGGACCGCAGAAAAUUUGAACUUUGUGCAUUAUAGCAUUUCAUCCAUUCUGAAUUUGAAUUGGCCAGCCAGCCAGCUCUUUCCUAUCUCGAUCCGUUUGUAGUGUACUUAGUUGCAGCCCAUUAUUCUCAGAUAACACUCAUUUCUUGAACUUCUUGAACUGAUUUUCUCUAGCAGAGCUGAUUAUUCUGACCAAUCAGGGAAAUGAACCACCUACAUAUGCUCAGAACAGCAGCCUGUUUCAAUGCUGUCUUAAGAGAAGUGCCUUGUGUAUUAAAUUUUAUAAGAACAAGUUGAUGUAAAUGUUCAUUUACCUCAAAUGUUUACAAAGCUGUUACUAAAUAAACUUUUUGUAC